AUGGUGAUGAAUACAACUGUCAGUACAAUGAGCACUUCAACUACAACACAAACUGGUCUAACAAAUACUACGACUACAAUGUCUAUUGGUAUCACAAAUACUACAAGUGCAACAACCACUGAGCCACCAUAUUUCUAUCAAGCCAUUCAAUUUAACGUUUCCAUGGAUGGAAUUUAUACUAUUGAAUGUAAUAGUGAUAUUGAUACAUCUGGUUUUAUAUACAAUAAUAGUUUUGAUCCAGUUUAUUCAAUUUUAAAUCUCUUGGCAAACGAUGAUGAUAGUGGUGGUGAUAAUCAAUUCCUGUUCUCAAUAUUUCUUCAGGCUCAGACACGAUACAUUUUGGUUGUAACAACAUAUAAUGAAUAUGAUACGGGACCAUUUUUAAUCAUUGCAACUGGUUUGGCAUCAAUUAUAUUUUCUCAAAUUAAUGUAUCAAGUAAGCACUCCAUGUAUUUCAAAGAGCUUCUUUAA